GAAGGCGAUUGGGCCACACCUUAGGUUACCUACCCCUGCUUUAGACCUUGCAAAUGCGAUUUAUGCUUACAGUCUGAACAUCACCAUGUUGACUAUCUUUGCUUGAGGUUCUUAAAAAAACUCCUUUUUAUUCAGAGUGGUAGAUUUUGUGCAUCCUUCUUACCUGUCCCAAAGACUCGGAUUGGCUAGAAACACUUGUUUGAAAAACAUAAGUUGAGUGACUUAAGAGGUGAUAAUAUUGUGGACUUUAGGGGAGGGACAAUGGGGCUACAGUUGUUUAUUUUUAAAUCUGGGCCAAUCACUGAUGUGGGGAAAGGACUUAGGGGCGGGCCUUAGUUUCCCAGCAACUAGACAUCAGUUCUUCCCAGGGAGGCUCGGGGAUUGGCUGCCUGUAUCGCAGGGGGCGUUUCCCCAUGUUUGAAGCUAUGAAUGGAUGAAAGAAGGGGGCGUGUCAGGAAGUUGGAGGUGAGCUGCUUGUGUUACAGAAGGGUGGUGGCAGGGACUGACUAUAAGCUGGGAGGAGGGAGGCUGUGGGUCAGUGGCAAUAUGAAUGAGCUUCCAGGAUUGAGGUUUGCAUGUAAUUGUGAAUUGGUGGGUAGAUGUAUCUGCCUUGUCAGUGGUGGAAAAAGGUCCAGUUUGAAGACUGGGUGAUGAGAUCUGAUUGCAGAGGUUCUCAUGAACACAUGAAACUGCUGCAUGCUAAACUGGGGGCUGGGCGGAGGCAGGCAGGGCCCGUAUGUGCACUAGCAGAGCACGUGCAUUGCUUGCAGAAGGCUCCAGAUUCAAUCCUAUCGGAAGCUGCCUUGGACCAAGUCAUCUAGCUCAAACAGACAGCCCCAGCUGCACCCUCUUUGCUUUGAUCCCAGCCUCCUAUUAGCCCAACUUAAGAAAAAAAAAUCUACCGGCAGGUUGGCCAGCAGUGGCCUUGGAGCAGCUGCUUGGAUUUGAAUUCCUUCUACCGUAGCUUCCUUGGUUUGGCAGGAUGGUGGAUCCCCAGUAUGUUCUGCCCAACGAUAUUGGCGUUGCAAUGUUGGACUGCACCGAAGCCUUCCACCUCUUAUCUUUGGAGGAAAAGCUGUACGCUCACUACCUGUCGCGGGCCUGUUGGUACGGGGGGCUGGUGGUGCUGCAGCAGACCUCCCCAGAGGCGCCUGCCAUCUAUGCCCUUCUCUCACGGCUCUUCCGGUCCCAGGACCCGACUCGGUUAGGCGAGGUGGCGCACUCGCUCGGCCUCUCAGACGAGGAGCAUCAGGCCUUCCUGGUUUACGCUGCCGCCUUCUAUGCCAACAUGGGCAACUAUAAAUCUUUCGGGGACACCAAAUUUGUGCCCAACCUUCCGAAGGAGAAGCUGAAGCAGCUGGUGUGGGCGAGCCAGGCGUUUGCGGACCACCCAAAAGAGAUGGAGGCGCUGUGGGGCUGCUGUGCAGAGCGCAUGUUCUCCCUAGAGCCGACACAAAAGCACUUGGGGCUCUGUGGCCAGGGCACAUCUACUUACUUCUCUGCAAACUGCACCACGGAAGAUGCAAAGCUGGCCCAGGACUUCCUUGAUUCUGAGAACAUCAGUGCUUACAACACAAGGCUUUUUAAGACGAAGGUAGAUGGCAAAGUGAACUACGAGGUUCGUCUGGCUUCGGUGCUUUCAGAUGAUUCUCAGCUUGACGCUGACAUGUCAGCCAAGAUUAAAUGUUUUGAGUUUGGCGGCUGCUUCUUCACUGUGACACGAGGAGAUUACUCCCCGCUUCUGGAGAAGGUUGUGGAGAACUUGCAGAAAGCCCAGCGACACGCAGCCAACCCCACGCAGGCAGAGAUGCUGUCUCACUACAUUGCCAGUUUCACGCAAGGCUCCAUCGUGGAACACAAGGAAGGCUCCCGCUGCUGGAUUCGCGACAAGGGGCCCAUUGUGGAGAGCUAUAUAGGUUUCAUCGAAAGCUACCGAGAUCCCUAUGGUUCCCGUGGGGAAUUUGAAGGCUUCGUUGCGGUUGUGAACAAGGCCAUGAGUGCAAAGUUCGCUCGACUUGUGGCAGCGGCUGAGCGCUUGCUGGAGGAGCUGCCGUGGCCUCGCGCCUUCGAGAAAGACGCUUUCCUGAAGCCCGACUUCACCUCGCUUGACGUGCUGACCUUUGCCGGGAGCGGGAUCCCCGCCGGCAUCAACAUCCCAAAUUAUGAUGACAUCCGCCAGACAGACGGCUUCAAGAACGUCUCGCUGGGGAAUGUGCUAGCUGUGGCCUACUCCACACAGAAGGAGAAGCUGACAUUCCUGGCAGAAGAGGACAAGGAUCUCUACAUCCAGUGGAAGGGGCCUUCCUUCGAGGUUCAAGUUGGACUCCAUGAACUCCUGGGUCACGGCAGCGGGAAGCUCUUUGUCCAGGAUGACUCCGGGGCCUUCAACUUUGACCACAAGGCAGUGAUCAACCCAGAAACGGGAGAACAGAUUAGAAGCUGGUACCGAGGCGGCGAGACAUGGGACAGCAAGUUUUCGAACGUUGCAUCGAGUUACGAGGAGUGCCGGGCCGAGUGUGUGGGGCUGUACCUGUGCCUGAACAAGGAGGUUUUGGGGAUCUUUGAACUGAAAGGAGAAGAUGCUGAAGAUGUGAUCUACAUUAACUGGCUGAACAUGGUGCGUGCCGGGCUGCUGGCGCUGGAGUUCUACACUCCGGAGUCCGGAACAUGGCGGCAGGCCCACAUGCAGGCGCGCUUUGUCAUCUUGAGGGUUCUCCUGGAAGCUGGCGGGGGACUGGUAUCUCUGCAACGUACCACCGGCAGAGAUGGCAAACCCGAUGCGGUGGUGUCCCUGGACCGCAGCAAGAUCAGCACGAUAGGGAAGCCUGCACUGGAGCACUUUCUCCGCAAACUGCAGGUGCUGAAGUCCACAGCGGAUGUGGCAGGUGGGCGCAGCCUCUACGAGGCGUACUCUGCGGUGACAGACGAGGAGCCCCAGCAUUUCCUGAGCCUGCGCAAGACUGUGCUGCUGCGCAAGGAAGAACGCAAGUUGUUUGUCCAAGCAAACACCCGCCUGCAAGGUAAAGAUGUUGUACUGGUGCAGUAUGAAAGCAGUGCAGCGGGGCUCGUCAAAUCUUUCUGCGACCGUUUCCGUGAAGAUGCUGAAGUAUUGGAGAAGUAUCUGUUGGAGCUGGCACAGGCCGAUGCCCAUUUCUGGGAAUCCUGACCCCCACGAGGCGCGAGGGCCCUGGCUUCCCCACACUCAGCUCCCUUUGCCUGCCCAUCCAGGCGCACCAGGCCGUUUCUGCACCUCAACAGUCUCUUUCGAAAAUGAGGGGUACAAGUGAACAAGAUCACCUCUCUGAAAGCAGUCGGCCAUCACUCCCCACCCCCCAGAAGAGCCUGCGGUGGCUCCAGCCCUCCUGUUAUUGCACCCAGGGGUUCAAUAAACCUAGCUUUUAUAAAGUGUGUGAACUUCCUUUCUGCUUUCCCCCUGCUGUACUCCUGUCUAACUGGUGGGGACUGAACCCAGUCUGGGGAAUGAAGCAGUCUGAUCUGGCUUCCUCAGAUCUGCUGUGUAGAUAGUCUGUUGAAUAGUGGGUAAGCAGGAUGAAGACAGAGCUCUCAAAACAACUAGCUCUUUAUUCUAGCUCUGAGUCCCAGACUGAACAGUAGCUUAGCCAACUGGCUUAUAUAGUACUCAGUAACUUGCAACAGUAACAAACUUCCCUUAGCUACCCAAUCCGUGAACAGCACUCUCAAUCCUUCAUUUGCAUGUUGUGGACCUGAGUGAGAACUGCAGCCACAGUGGGCAGGGCAAGAACUGCAGCCAUGGUGGCCAGAAGGAGUACUGCAGUUAACUUAAUGCAUAACAUAGUU